AUGAAAUCUUUUGCACUACUCCUAUCUUCUACUUUGCUCGUUGGUACAGUCCACGCUGGUGCCAUUGACACAACCACGAGGAAUGGCAAUUGUGUCCUCAAAAGCACCAACGAUGCUCUGGAAGAAAACGCCUCGUCAGACUCUCAAACAAAUGAUACUACCUGCAUAAUAACUGCUGAUGAUGAUGAUUCUGAAGUCAUUUCAGAAGCCAGCUAUUCAGGCGUGACGGCUCCAGCACCCAAAGAAUUCGAUGAGUUUGGUUCAGAUCUAGGAGUGGAACAGUCCAUUGAUUCAACUCGAGCCAAGGAAUGUCUUGCGACCAUUGAGAGUGCACGAGAGUACAUCACCACCGAGGUCAUGGUCGAUGAGAAAUAUGCAAAGACGAGGGACCUAUGCAAGAAUCAGCACAAAGAUUGUACUUUAUGGAGUGUCCUAGGUGAAUGCGAAAACAAUCCCGGAUACAUGCAUGUCAACUGUGCUCCUGUAUGCCAAUCUUGUGAGAUGCUCCAUAUCGAAACAAGAUGUCCUUUGGAUCCUAAUGCCGUGGAUGCCAUGUAUCCAGGAGACCUUUCCAAAAUGUUUGAAAGAAUUCUCAGCUCGCCUGAGUACAAACAGUUUGAGCCAGUGGUUGUAUCGAGACCACCAGAAGGGCCAUGGAUGAUGCAAUUCGACAACAUUUUGUCGGAAGCUGAAGCCCAAAGACUCAUUGAAUUGGGAGGAGAACAAGGAUACGAAAGAUCUUCGGAUGUUGGAAAGCAAAAGAAGGAUGGAACCCACGAGAAUUACGUCAAUGGGGGGAGAACGUCCACCAACGCAUGGUGUGUCGGAGACUGCUACGAAGAUCCCAUUGCACAAGUCGUGAUGGGAAGAAUAGAAAACAUUACCGGCAUUCCGGAAACCAACUCGGAGAACUUGCAACUGCUUCGGUAUGAACACGACCAGUUCUACCAAGUCCACAGCGACUACAUUCCAUACCACACCGAACGGCCUUGCGGUGUUCGAAUUUUGACGUUUUACAUGUAUUUGAACGAAGUGGAGGAAGGUGGCGGUACAAACUUUCCAAGAGUCAGAAAUGUAACAGUGACCCCAAAGAGAGGCAGAGCCGUCUUGUGGCCAAGUGUGCAUGAUAAGGAUCCAAACGCACAGGAUUCUCGAACGAAUCAUCAGGCUUUGCCUGUCAUCAAGGGCAUCAAGUAUGGUGCCAAUGCAUGGAUUCAUCAACGUGACUUCAAGGGACCGAAUAACAGAGGGUGUAACUAG